AAUAAAACAUGUCGGAAAGUUGAAGCAUGCGCAUAUAACUUUUCUUUUCCUUUCUGUUUAGCGUUCGACAAGAUGUCGUCCAAAAUAAUUAAGGCAGGUGGGGCGGAGCCCGAUACGUUUGAAACUCAAGUUGCUCAGGCUUUACUUGAGUUAGAAAUGAACUCUGACUUGAAGGCCCAACUUAGAGAACUACAUAUUACUAAAGCUAGAGAAAUUGAAUUAAACAAUAAGAAGUCGAUCAUAAUCUAUGUGCCCAUGCCCAAACUAAAACAAUUCCAAAAGGUACAGACUAGAUUAGUACGUGAGCUGGAAAAGAAGUUCAGCGGAAAGCAUGUGGUGUUUGUGGGCGAAAGGAAAAUUCUUCCUAAGCCAACUCGUAAAACCCGUGCUGCAAAUAAACAAAAACGUCCUCGGUCACGCACUUUGACUUCGGUGUAUGACGCUAUCCUGGAAGAUCUUGUAUACCCAGCUGAAAUUGUGGGUAAAAGGAUUCGUGUAAGAUUAGAUGGGUCACAGUUGAUUAAAGUCCACCUUGACAAAAACCAGCAAACCACUAUCGAACAUAAGGUGGACACUUUCGCUUCAGUCUAUAAGAAAUUGACAGGAAGGGAAGUUACGUUCGAAUUUCCUGAACCUUAUUUGUAAAUUAACUUUACAGUUGUUUAAUAAAAAAAUAAUUUAAUAAAAGUGUUGUGUUGUGUU